CUCGGAGAGAGCGAGAGAGAGAGGAGACGAAGAAGGAGAAGGAGCUGCAGGGUGCAGCAGCAGUAGUGGCAGAAGCCCCAGAACCUGGGGAGCAACAACAGAAAACAUUCUAUUCGACUCUCGAAGCAAGAUGAGCUUAUUCGGCCUCGGCAGCAGGAAUCAGAAGACAUUUCGUCCCAAAAAGAGUACUCCGUCAGGAAGUAAGGGUGCACAGCUCCAAAGACACAUUGAUGCUACCUUGGGUAGUGGGAACUUGAGGGAAGCGGUACGACUACCUCCUGGAGAAGAUCCUAAUGAGUGGCUGGCUGUAAACACUGUAGACUUCUUCAAUCAGGUGAACCUUCUGUUUGGCACUCUUACUGAAUUCUGCACACCAUCCAACUGUCCAACAAUGACUGCAGGACCAAAGUACGAGUAUAGAUGGGCUGAUGGAGUUCAAAUAAAGAAACCCAUAGAGGUUUCUGCACCAAAAUAUGUUGAGUAUUUGAUGGACUGGAUAGAAGUUCAGCUUGAUGAUGAAUCACUAUUUCCUCAGAAGUUGGGGACACCCUUUCCUUCCAAUUUCCAGGAGGUUGUUAAAACUAUCUUCAAACGUUUGUUCCGGGUAUAUGCCCAUAUCUAUCAUUCACAUUUUCAGAAGAUCGUGAGUCUCAAGGAAGAAGCUCAUUUGAAUACUUGCUUCAAACAUUUUAUUUUAUUCACAUGGGAAUUUCGUUUGAUCGACAAGGGAGAGCUUGCACCACUCUAUGAUCUGAUUGAGUCGAUCAUUUCAUUUUGAGAGAUUCUUAUUGAUAGAAAUCAUGAUGGCUGAACUUGAUGAUGUGAAUAAUGUCUGGGCAGUGUUUGAUGUGCCAGGUGAUUGUAUUGAUUUAUUUGGUUGUUUGGGGUACAAAUCUUUUGAGAACAUCUUGUUUGGCCAUUGAUUGGUAAUAAAAUCUCUCUCUCUCUC